AAAAAAUCGUCAACAUACUAAUUGAAAGAUGGCUUCCCCCGCGCCGUGCAAGUUCUUUGCCAGUGGAUAUUGUAUGAGAGGAGAAGAUUGUCGUUAUUCUCACGAAAAGACUACUAUUAUACCUCAAGUUUCCAUUUCUGCGAAAAAACCAUCUGAAGUUGCAACUUCACAUUCAACACAAGAUCCUCGCUCUCAGAUCCCAUGCUACCAUCACUCUCGAGGUAAUUGUCGAAAUGGGAGUGCAUGUCCCUAUUCGCACACUGCAGAGAAACAAAAAGAAAAGGCAGCAGAAGCGGACUUAGACCCUGAGGGAAAACAAAAUUAUGACAACUUCACAAGAGAUUUCGGAGGCGCAUUGGCCAAAUUUGACGUUGGCGCACAAGUAUCUAAGAUCUCGCUACCAACGGACUUUUCUGCCGCUCGAAUCGACGGAUUGCCAUUAGAUGUCACUGCAGAAUCCUUCGUUUCACUUUUGAGAAAGAAAGGAGUACAUCUUAUGCCCGAGUGUGUGCGGAUACGAAGGUAUGAUGACACGGCAUCCGCAGAUGUCAAGGUGGAUGAUCCUACUUUUGCAAAGGGAUUUUGCUCAAAACUCAACGAGAAGACCUUUUUAAAAACCAAAUAUCCAAACAUGAAAGCUUCCCAUGUAUCUGCAGGUCUUCAAUCCGGCACAAAUUCUCACCAAAUCGAAUGCAAAAAGAUUCAAUGCUCUUGGUUCAAACCCUCUAGGACGGUGUGGCUGCACUUUCGAAGUGAAAACGUUGCCGAAAAAGUUUCCGAGAGAAUCAAUUCUAAAUCUUUUAAGGUGCUGGGUCAAACAAUCCGAUCUCAACCACCGACUGGGCGGAUGGCGUCGCUACUCGGUCCACUGACUUGGACGGUUAUGCUCCCAAAUCUGCCUGCCAUGACCACGCAGAAAGACAUCCCCACUUAUAUCACCUUGCCACAUCACAUACCACAAAGAAUAGAAAUUGGAGAGGUUAACUAUGACGUGGAAGGAGAAGAGGCUAGUGCAAUUGUAAUGUCUCUAUUACUUGGGGUUGGUCCUAUUGAAUGGAGCCAAAUCAGUACAGAACUGGAAGGCAAAAGAGCAAAAGCUGUUGCUAGAUAUUACGAGGAGUCCGAUGCAAGAGCGGCAGUUACUUCGUUGCAAGACAUGCCUCUACCAUUUUGUAAAGCCUUGACCUUGACCGUCCAGCUUAUCAGUACCGCAAAAUUCAAAGUUGCAAGCUCGAUCUUCAAUGCCAUUCAAAGUCGAAUCCGUACUGUCAGCCAAAUUUGGAACGAGCAGCAUCUGAAAUUUAAGAUCUAUCCCAGCGCCGGUCUUAAACAGCAAUACAGAGUUUUAAAGAUUGAAGGCGAGGCUUCGAAAGAUGUCGCUGCCGCGAAAGAAGCGUUAAAUGGGAUAUUAGACGGGAUCACAGUGAUGGAUGGUGACAAGCCUUUGUGGACAUCUUCUUUGAUGGGCAAUGGAACCGUUUUUCAGAAAUUCAAAAGGAUUCAGCAAGACCACGGAGUUAUCAUCCUCCGUAACAAGAGAAAACAAGAAAUAAAGCUGUAUGGCCCCGAAGAAAAUUGCAAGGAAGUGGAAUCAAUCAUCACGACAAUUAUUGGUAACGCAUCUUACACUGCUCAUAUAAUUGAAUUGAAACCUGAAGACUUCCGAUGGGCAUGUAAUGGUGGCUUCAGAAUGAUUGCUACUGCACUUGGAGAUAAUAUUGCCACAUUCGACAUUGUCUCGAGGCCACGGAGGAUCUUGAUCGCAGGCACCGAAAAGGAAUACGAAACAGCGUUGAAAAUGAUCGGCAAGAAAGAAUCCAAGCCACAAUCUGAAUCAGUUACCGCCAAAGAAGAUUGCGUUGUAUGCUGGGGAACAGCAGAUAAUCCAAUCCUCACCAAAUGCAAUCAUGUAUAUUGCAUCGAGUGUUUCGAACUUUCCUGCAGCGCCGCAAGUUCCAACGGAAAGACUUUCUCAAUAAACUGCCACGGGGACAUGGGAAGAUGUCAAGUCAGCUUCAGCCUUGAAGAACUACAAGAAAUCCUCUCCUCUAAAGCAUUUGAAGAUAUCCUCGAGGCCUCUUUCUCAUCUCAUAUCCAGCGAAAUCCGCAGACAUUCCGUUAUUGUCCAAAGCCCAAUUGCGAUACUAUCUAUCGAGUCACAGAUACUAUGCAUUUCAAUACCUGCACGGAGUGCUGCACGGUAAUAUGUACAUAUUGUCACCAUCAGCACGACAACAAAACGUGCGCGGAGUAUGAAUACGAGUCUUCUGGAAAGUAUGAAGCGACACUCAAAAUGAUGGAAAAGAUCGGGAUCAAGAGUUGUCCCAAAUGCAAGACAUCUAUUGAGAAGACGGAUGGGUGUAACCACAUCGAGUGCAAAUGUGGUGCACAUCUUUGUUGGGUGUGUUUGGAGUCAUUUGAAUACUCAAAGCUGUGCUACGACCACAUGUCAGCAAAGCAUGGAGGGUGCUUUAGUCUGCCCUUUCUUCAAGAGUAGACUAUGGAGCAGCGGAGCUCGGCCUGGUAAACGGCUUUUAAUUCUGAGCUGGGAAGUGUUUGUUAAAGCUUUAUAUACGAGCACUAUUUUCCUUCUGCAGUAUCUAAGUUUAUAAUUCUCAUUCAUUCUAUUUUCCUAGGGUACCCGAAAGUCCAGACUGCAGCCCAACAAUCAAGAACUUUGGAAUUUUGAAUUCCUCUCGAUUGAUGAAUCUCUCUUAAAUAUUGAAUAAAUUUUAGUUAUCAAAUUGAUUCAAAACAAUUGAUUUAUGAAAUCGAUAAUAUCAGACUGUGGAAAACACUGCAUUUUCUAUCAGUCAAUUUUUCAAGCCGUGUUAACUAUAAUUCACU